AAAUUUUGACGCAUUCGUAGUUGAAUCACAAUCUACUCACAAUGUUGAUCAUCUACUCAUUGAGUCUACAGUCCUUUAACCAUUGACAUCAUGAAGAUGGUUUCUUGUGCAGGUUGUGAUCAGCCCAUCACAGACCGUUACCUGGACAAAAUCCUUGACCGUUCGUGGCACACCUAUUGUGUCAAGUGUUUUGAUUGUGAUGUCCAACUAACUGGUAAAUGUUUUUCUCGUGACGACAAAUUAUAUUGUAAACAAGACUUUUUCAAGCGAUUUGGUAAAAAAUGUGCUGGAUGUUCAGAAGGAAUAUCACCUGAGGAUUACGUCCGUUGGGCUUUAAGUGAAGUUUAUCAUGUCCGAUGUUUUACUUGUGUCGAUUGUCACAAAGAACUGUCCACUGGUGACGAACUGUACAUUCUGGACGAUUAUCGACUUCUCUGUAAACGAGAUUAUCUUGCGACAAGUCCUCAAAAUCGAGAUCAUCUAAAUAAUAAUAACAACAACAACAAUCUUAAUCUAACUAAUCUCAAUGAUCACCGAGGACCAUCAUCAUUAUCAUCAGCAUCACCAGUCUCAUCAUUAUCAUCACCUUCAUCUUCAUCACUUUCAAUCAAUUAUCACCAUCAACACCAACAACAACAACAUCCUCAUCUUCAUCCCCUUGUACCUCAUCAUUUAUCUCACAACGAUAAUCAUCAUCAUCAUCAACAUCAUCAUCCACACCAACAACCACUUCACCUUUUACAACAGAAUCUUUUAAAUUCAACUAAUCCAAUCUCAACAAUUUCUAAUCAUCUUCAUCACCUUAAUCACCAUCUUCUUGGCGGUAAUAACAUCAAAUCUGAGUCUCUAUUCAAUACAACAAUUAACCAUAAAUUAUCAGCUGAACCCGUUGUUCAGGUGAGACAAACAACCAGGGGAAGACCUCGUCGGAAAUUAAAAAAGGAACCACUUGAGUGCAAUAAUAAUAACAACAACACCAAUAGUAAUAAUGUUAAUAGUGAUAAUUUAUCACAUUCAAUUGAAAAUCAACAUCAACCACCACCCACCUCUCACCUACUCCAUCCACAUCCAUCAACCUCAUCAACAAACUCAUCAUCAACCUCAUCUUCCCAUAAUGAUAACAAUGUUUUUCAUGACCAUCAUGAUAUCCACGGUUUAGGUUGUCCAAUUGAUUCUUUACCAGGUAAUUUACAUGAAUCUCGUUUAGGAUUAAAUAAAAGUCCAUCUUCUUGCCCUUUAACUGGACUCAAUGGACAAUCAACAAACGGUAAUCACGGCGGAGGCAGCGGCAUAUCCAAUGGCGGUGGCAGUUCCAAUGGCUCAAGUAGCAGUAAAAGUAAACGUGUUCGCACCUCCUUUAAACAUGCACAAUUAAAAACAAUGAAAUCUUAUUUUUCAAUCAAUCAAAAUCCUGAUGCAAAAGAUUUAAAAGGAUUAGCAGCAAAAACUGGACUUUCCAAGAGGGUUUUACAGGUUUGGUUUCAAAAUGCUCGAGCCAAAUGGAGGAAAACCUCAGCAAACACCAAGAAAGAUUCAUCCUCAGAAACGGCAAUCGUUGACACUUCAUCUCAACAUCAUCACCAUCAUGAGUCAUCCGAAUCGUUCAGCAUCGACUAUUAUUGCAAGGAACCAUUUGAAUCAACAGGUGAUUGUGAUGACACCCUAAUUCACAAUCUUCACUCUUGUGAGAGUUAAAAGAUGAGGAUCUCGAUGAAAAUGAUGAGGAUGCACCCAGAACAUCAAAAGUGAAUGGAAAGACGUCAUAUAGUGAGAAAAAGAUGUGUUUACAAGUGAUGGAUAACAUAAAAAAAAGAACGAUAAUGAAGAUGAUUAAAGAACAGUUGAAGAGAAAAAGAUAUGCAAUAUUUUGUCUUUUCCAUUUUUUUUUCUUCUUCUUCUCAUCUUCUAAUUAAUCAACCAUUGACAUCUCACUGAAAUUGGGUGCCCAAGGGACUCACGUUUGAGAAACUGAGAGAGAGAGCCUGAUGAUAACGAACUGUUUAUGGGCUCGGCAAGUGGCGAAAAGGCAGAUGAUAAAGGAUGAGAAUCAUCAUCAUCAUCAUCAUCAUCUCAUCUACUUCAUGUUGUAACUUUCUCGUUAUCUUCCUACUAUCAUCUUCUCAAUCAUCAUCUAAUCUGAAAAGAUGAUCUUGUUAGUCCAUUGGGUGAAAGUGAGGAUUAAGCAAGAAAAUUGCUAUAAAUAAAUUCUCGCAGUGAAUCAAAUAAACGAUAGUUUGAUUGAUUAUUGGUGAAACACUUCCAAGGUCCUAACGAAAACCGACCAAUAUAAAUAAAUACAUUUCUCAUCAUCA